AUGCCGUCACAACCCAUCGAUACAGGCUGGGGUUUCAACGCCGUGAUAGACCUGAUAGAGUCGGAUUAUGACGCUGCGUCCCCUACGCUCUCAGCUGCAACUCCCGUCAAAAUAGAUGUUGGCACGCCUGGCUUCAAGUCCGCCUCCGGGCCGAUCGCACAACCACCUCUAGAUACACAUAUUCCCCGCCUCGGCGACUUCACAAAAUUGUUCGAUGAAUUAGGCAUUUCGAGACCGGAGCGGCUGGCACCCGCUAGUCCCCUGGACUCGGAAGGCCCAAUUAGCUCUGACGAUGCUUUUUUGAAUGGACAAGCUGAUGCUGCUAGCAUUGGUGACCCAGAUAGCCCACUGGCUGGGACGACAGUUAAGGAGCAAAAGAAAGAGCGCAAGAAAGCUGCGAAGAAGGAACGAAAAGAGGCGCGCAGGGCGCUUAAAGCGUCACUUGCUCCGGAAGAAUUUACUUCCAGUAAACAGUCGACAAACCAGCCCCGUACUCGAUCCAACGUUGGUGCAAAGAUCCGACCUGCUACUCCAUUACCGGUUGAGGCACAGUCUCAAGCUGUCAAGCCACAACCGUCCACAAGGGUACCGAACUUCUCGAACUUCUUGCGCAACUCGGCAGAUCCCGCUUCUGUUGGCGUUCCCCAGCGUCUGAACUCACUGGCGCAGCCCUUCACGCCCAGUCCUGGUCCUUUUAUGCAUCAAGAUGCUCCGAUUGAUGGCUUCUCCAAGUCUUCGGUCACGCAAGUCCUGAGCCGACCCUCUUUACAUGAAGCCAAGCCAGGUAAUGGCCUUCAGCCACAGGUCCCUCCUUCUGUACGCUUAAAUCACGGCCUUGUUCCUCGCACACUUCAGCCCGCGAGUGCUCCCAGAAUACAUGUGAACUCAGCACAAGCCUCCGGUACACCAACGCCUCAGCCUGUGGUGUCUUCUCGAUUCGAACCUAGUGCAACAGUACAAAACUCUGGUGCUAGAACGGAUGCAGAAUCAGCUUCAAGGCUUACAGACCGAGGCCCUUACCAACUUCAGUCACCGAACCGUUUUGCGACCCCCACUCAGCUUCCGGUCACGCCCAGAGGAGGCGCCACAGGAUUGACCAUUAAGCCACGUAUAGAGCGACAUUUCCAAUUCCUUAACCAACUUCUGGCCAACUUUCCGGAAGAUUCACAACAUCUCCUGGCCCCUAUGCCUCUGAACACAGAGGAGACUGCGGCGCGAGGUAUUCACUGCUUCGUAGAUGCCUCGAACAUUAUGAUAGGAUUCAAGAACAUACUUAGAGAGCGAGGACAGUACCAACCGCUCGAGAUGUCUUUCGACACGCUCGCCCUACUAAUGGAGCGCCGCCGCCCCGUCGCCAAACGCAUAUACGCCAGUUCCCAGCGCGAGGCUAACCCCCUCCCGCACGUAACCAAGCUCGCCGCGACCUCCAAGGCCGUUGGCUACGAGAACCUCAUCCAAGAGCAGGUAUACAUCCGUCGCGAAGACAGCGACCGCAAGAAAUUCUUCAAAGAUGUUGAGCGGCUCGGCUGGACUAAAGCCACGCAGCUGCGCUCCGGCAGCGGCAGCGACUCUGAAACGGGUCCUGCUGCGGCUGCCACCCUCUCGGCUCCGAAAUGGGUCGAGCAGGGCGUCGACGAGAUUCUGCACUUGAAGAUGUGUCAGAGUGUGCUUGACACCGAGGUCCCGACGACGAUGGUGCUUGCUACGGGCGACGGGAACGCGGCAGAGCACUCGGAUGGGUUUUUGGCGAAUGUGGAAAGGGCGCUGAAGAAAGGGUGGGUCGUUGAGCUUGUUAGCUGGAAACAGCAGAUGAGCGCGGGGUACAAGAAUAGGAAGUUUAGGGCGAAGUGGGGGGAGAGGUUCAAGGUUAUACAGCUGGAUGAUUAUUUGGAGAGUCUGGUUGAGACGCAGUAA